AUGUCUGAAAUUCGUCCUCAGUUCUUCCUCGUUCGCGAGAAUGACACCAUCGUCCCUCUCAUUGCUCUCGACGAGCUUCCAGUUGAGAUCACCAUCAAUGGCAUCCCUCGUCAGUUGGGUAUGGCUGACACCGGCGGUAUGACGAGCGUUGGAAAGGUCCCAAGCCGUGGUGUCGUCUACGUCGUCACUGGCGUCUCUAAGGACUCCGGUUCGCCUGAGGGCAAGAAUGACCGCUUUGGCAAGGGCAGAGGCCGCUACGGUGACAAGAAGCAUGGUGGUCAAACUAGCCAAGGCCAAAAGGAGUACUGUUCCUAUUGGAUCCGUCAUGGCGAGUGCAUGUUUCAGCAGCAGGGCUGUAUCUACAAGCAUGUCAUGCCCAUGGACCCGGAAACCAUGAAGAAGGUUGGCUUGAACGACAUUCCACCAUGGUACCAAAAGAAAUUUGGAGUGCCCAGUCUUCGCUCUUCUGGAGUCAAUCAGAACAACUGGCGUAAGCCUCGCGGUACCCAGAAAGCCAUUGAGCCCGUCGAUCAGACUGCCAGGAGCAAUGGCAAUGUCACCACCCCUGAUGGCAAGAAGAGUGACAUUAAUGUUGCUGCAAUUACGCCUGAGAGUUCUAAUGAUGAAGAAACUGUCACCGCUGCACGUGUUGCGGAUGCCUCCCACGAAAUCGCUGAUCUCACCGACAAGAUGAAGAACACCGUCAUCACCGCGAAAAACGGCGCGAACCCCGUUACUCCCCCCAACGCCAAUCAUUACAUCGACUUUGAGCGUGUUGGUACCGCAUCAUUUGGCUAUAAGUAUGAUGCAUCACCCCAGACUCCGACGGAGCGGCUCCCCAUGCGUUCUCGACGUCUAUUUGAAUCGAAGGGUCCUAACAACGACUAUAGUACGUCUCAAGAAUCAACCCCCUCCAUGACGCUUACUGAAAACUCAUUCUAUUCCUUCAGCUCCCUGGGAGGAACCCCUCGGUCGACUUCGGAACAAACAGUGAAGAUGGUAUCUCAGGACAACAAGUUCCCCGUCACUUACGUUGGGGACUUCAACGCUGCUGAUGAUACCUGGAACAGCUUCAACGACGAGCUUGACAAGAUUGAUGCUAAUGAACCUGGUUAUCGGAGCAUCAGCGAAUUGCUUCCUACUUCCUUUCCUGAGGACCGCUAUGGAAACUUGAUCUUGAUCUGA